AUGGCGCCCACAAAAUAUAUUGAUCGUCCUGUGCCGACCAUUUCGCUUCGCGAUUUCGACUCACGGGUGGAUGAGAUCACCAAGGAGCUCGUCGAUGCCGCAGAAAAUCACGGUUUCUUUUGCAUUGUAGAUCAUGGAAUCAGUCGUGACUCUAUUGAUCGCAUCUUUGAUCAGUCAUCACGCUUCUUCAAUCAGUCGGACGACGUAAAGUCAAGGGUACCCUUCUCUCCUCAGCAUAACGCUGGAUGGGAGAAGAAUGCCCAGAUAAGACCCUCGACAGGAGCCGUUGAUCGCAAAGAGUCGUACCAGAUGCAAUUUGGAGAGGCCAUGAAUGGACGCUGGCUGGAUGAGGAGGCAUUGCCGGGCUUUCAGACGCAAGCCUUGGAGUUCAUGCAUCAAGCACAAGCGGUGAGCGAAAAGCUCAUGAAGUGUUUUGCGAGAGGCCUGAAGUUUGAAGACGACUACUUUGUCAAAGCCCAUGACGUCAGCCGACCAGAGUGUCAGACUGUUUGUCGGCUCCUGCACUAUUUUGAAACACCCAAAGUGCAAGAAUCGGCCGGGCAGGUCUAUCACAGGGCCGGUGCGCAUGCGGACUGGGACUUCUUGACUUUGUUGUUUCAGAAAGCUGGUCAGUCGGGCCUUGAGAUAUGUCCAGGAAGGGAAGUUUCGACUUCAUUUGGGUAUGGCGACGCAUGGACAAAAGUCGAACCUGAUGUCGAGAAUAAUGCAAUCGUAUGCAAUGUCGGCGACUUGCUCAUGUCAUGGUCUGAUGACCGCUUCAAAUCGACCUUUCAUCGGGUCAAGGCGCCAUGCGAGCCAGACGACUACUAUGGGGAACGAUACAGCAUUGCUUUCUUCAACCAGCCAUGCAAAAACGCCAAGAUUCAAGGCCCAUUAAAGAGGUAUCCAAUGGUGACAGGGGAGGAGUUUACCAGGAAUGCUAUGAGUAGAAACUAUCAAGCCAUACAAGAGAAGCUGGAGAAGGAGAGAGAGUCGAUACCCAAAGUGACAGAAGUAAAGGCAGCAACAGCACGGGUAGGCACUACGGCAUGA